AUGGGGAUGACCCCCGCGCAGUUGCAGGACGUAGCCUCGGUGCGAGAGCUGUGCGUGAAGCGCUCAGAGCGCUCCCCUCCGGCCGGGGCACCGGCAUCCCUGGGGCGCCCCGGGGCCGGAGCUGCCUGCUUCCCUAAGGCGGUCAGCACGCACGUCUCGUCCAACGACUCGUGGGACUUUAAGCAGUCUACGCGCAACAUCUCCCCGACCAUCAACCAGGCGAACAUCGUGGACCUCCACCCGGCCUCGGUCUACAGCAUCCGCAUGUACUCCUUCAACAAGAUCGGGCGCAGCGAGCCCAGCAAGGAGCUCACCAUCAGCACACGAACUGGGGACGACAAAGCUACGAUCCCGGUGACGGACACCGAGUUCAGCCAGGCCGUGAACCCCCAGAGCUUCUGCACGGGCGUCUCGCUGCACCACCCCGCUCUGAUCCAGAACACGGGGCCCCUCAUCGACAUGUCGGACAUCCGCCCCGGCACCAGUAAGUCGCUGUGGCAGGAGGCGCACUACAGCGCCAGCCUCUCUCAGGACACAGACAAAGGGCGGAACAGCAUGGUGUCGACAGAAAGCGCAUCCUCCACCUACGAGGAGCUGGCCCGAGCCUAUGAACACGCCAAGCUGGAGGAGCAGCUUCAGCACGCCAAGUUUGAGAUCACCGAGUGCUUCAUCUCCGAUAGCUCCUCGGACCAGAUGACCACUGGAACGAACGAGAACGCCGACAGCAUGACGUCCAUGAGUACCCCCUCCGAGCCCGGCAUCUGCCGCUUCACAGCCUCUCCGCCCAAGCCCCAGGACAGCGACCGAGGCAAGAACGUGGCCGUGCCCAUCCCGCACAGAGCAAACAAGAGCGACUACUGCAACCUCCCGCUGUACGUGAAAUCGGAAGCCUUCUUCCGCAAGCCAGACAUGCACGACCCGUUUACAGCAAUUAACCUCUGA